AUGCCGCCCCGCAUACCCUUCACACCAGAACAAAAGCGAAUCAGAACAAUAAUGAUCUCUUUCCCCCUCUUAGUAGCCACCACGGUCGUCCUGUUCAAGCGACUGUAUCUGGGAGAAGAGCAACGCAAAUUGCCGAGCCAAGGGAAGAUUGCUCCUCCGCCAGCGUAA